AUGAGGUGUUGCAGCCGCAUGCCGGCGAGAAGGCUAUUGGUUUGGAAGGAAGCCGCGAGCGAGCGCAUCAAAGCCAAAGGUGUCAUGAAGGACAUUGCAAUUAAAGCCUACAGCAAGGCUGGCCAGCAGCGAAUUCAGAAUUCAGCGAGCACCGAGCCCCACACGAAGUGUGAUGGCAAGUGCACGCCGUGCAAGUAUGUCAGGCGCAAGGCCUUAACGACAGCAGUAUCUCUUGCAGAAGCCUAUUUCGUUGCAUGCAUUGCGCACUUAGUCGGAGUUGAAGUGCUCAAGGUGGCUGCAUGA